AUGGAGCCAAAUCAACCGAAGCUCAGUGAGCCCAAACUCAUUUCAAGGCCCAUUCGAAAGAAUGGCACAUCUCCGAGGAAGAAGGUGGCGGCGGCGGCGCCUCACUCACCAACGCCGCGGCGGCCACUGCAGCGUGAGGUGAAGAAUGCUCCGGAUGCGCAGCUCAAUGGGCGAAACAUCGUGAUGGACGACGCCAAUGAGGCCUCAGACGCCUUCCGCUCACGUGUGACGGAGAUUACUCGAUUCAAGGUCUUCUCCCGCGUGCGCCCCUUCAUCACAGAAGAGCUUGUCGAGAUGCAGGGGCAGGAGCGCCGGUCGGUGGUGGAGAUGACAGACAACAAGACGGUGAUCCUAGACCCAAAGGAGGGGUGGGCGCCCAAGGCCCAGUUUGAGUUUGACGCCAGCCUCUGGUCGAUCCCGCCGGAGCAUCGCAUUGUACACACAUUUUACGACACGAAGCGCAGCACCUACGCGACGCAAAAGGACGUCUAUGAACUUAUUGGAAAGGACCUCGUUCCGCACGUGUUUGAUGGGUUCAACAGCUGCAUUCUGACAUAUGGGCAGACCGGUAGCGGCAAGACGUACACCAUGAUGGGUAUCUACGACCCCAAUGCGUCGUGUGGUGGGGACGGGGAGGAAGGCAUCAUCCCACGCGUUUCAAAUGAUUUGUUUUUGAUUCUUGCCGGUAAACAGGCGGAGGAAGGGAAGAAAGCAGACACGAACGAACGUGUGCGAUUUCGCGUCGAAGUGAGUUUUGUGGAAAUUUACAUGGAGCGUGUGAGGGACCUGCUGGACCCCGCGCUGAAGAACACGAAGGGUAAUGAAAAGCUGCAGGACGCCCGCAUUCGUCAGGACCCGUACAGUGGCCCCUUCGUGGAGGGGGUGACAAAGUACCAAGUAGAAAACUGGGCCCAGUGUUGUCUGCUGCUGGAGCGUGGCUCCUUGCAUCGAACGACGUGUGCCACGGCUGUACACAAUCAGUCCAGUCGCAGUCACGCCAUCUUUCAGCUGACGGUCAUUCAGGAGCGGACACUGCCGGCGAAGGACCGCUACUCACGGCCUGCAGUGCGCUACCAGGCAGGACGCAUCAAUCUGGUUGACCUUGCAGGGUCGGAGCGGGGUGGAUUUCAGGAAUACGUGAAGGAGUCAGCAGCAAUUAACAUAUCGUUGCUUGCGCUUCGUCGCGUGAUUGACAACUUAACGGAGCGGCAAAAUAUUCUCAUGGAACAAGCUAAGGCAGAAAUUACGGGGGCGUACUACCAAGAGCGCACCUUGCCGCAAGUCCCCUUCCGUGAUAGCGUGCUGACGUGGCUGCUAAGUGACAGUAUCGGGGGCAACGCCCGCACCACGAUGGUGGCGACUAUCAGUCCACUUGUGAAGAACUACGGUGACACGCUCGCAACGCUGCAGUGGAGUAGCAAAGCCCGCAAUCUCGUGACGCUGGUGAAGGUGAAUGAUGCUCAGACGACGGUGGCGGACGGCAUGGCGAGCAAGGCGGGGGAAUUGCACAACACAGUGCGCAUUCAACGGCAGAACAUGGACUCCCUGCGGGAGGCGCUGCGGCAAAAACAAGAGCUUGCCGAGCGACUAGAGCGGGAGUCCCGAAGCAUGGCGCGUCAGACAGCGAAAAACAAGGAUGUGUUGAGUACGUUACUUCAAAAGUUUAAAGCCAUCACCGUGCUGCGUGCCCUGCAACGUGUUGUGUGGCAGAAAAAGCUGAAGCUACUGAAGGCGCAGCAGGAGAAGGUUGCUAGUCAGCUUCAGGCGAGGCAGAAGGAAUUGGAAGUUGUCUGUGUUCAUCAGUCUACGUUGAAGGAGGAUCGGGAAAAGCUGCAACAAAGGCUAGAAGAGGAGCGAAAACGUGAGGAGGAACUGAGUAUGAUGAUCGCAAAAAAGGAGAGCAAAACCGAGGAAGAUGCGGACCUGUUCGCCGCGCUGGAGGCGCAGUACAAGGCCGCGCUGGACGAGGUACAUGCAGAGGAGCUUGCCCAGAAAGGGCCCGCGGAUGUGCAGUUCAAAGAACUCACGCCACGGGACCGCAUUGACGUCUUCCGGCGUGACGUUGAGGAGGCCAAUAAGAAGGCGAACAUGAUGGAGGCGAAAAUCAAGGAAAGCAAGCGGCCCGACUGGAGCGAGAGGGUGGCGCAGGACAAAAAGGAUGCUGUGGAACUGCAACGUGAACGCACCGAACUGCGGCGCAAAUUAGACGAGCUGCGACUGCGAAAGGAAGAGCUGCGGAGGACAUUGAGGAAGCGGGGGGGAAAGUGA